GUUCAUUGACAUAAACAAAUACAAAUUUAUCCAGCCAUCCAUCCAUUCAUCAAUCCAUCUACCUCAAAUAAAUUAUUUAAGUAAAUCAAUAUGAGAUUAGUUAUUUUGGAUACAUCCGAGUCAGUUGGAUUAUGGGCUGCCAAAUAUGUUACCAAGAGAAUAAAUGACUUCAAACCAGGUCCAGACAGAUAUUUUGUUCUGGGCUUACCAACUGGUAGCACACCAUUGAGUAUGUAUAGAAAUCUAAUACAAUUCCACAAAGAAGGCAAAGUAUCUUUUGAAUAUGUGAAAACUUUUAACAUGGAUGAAUAUGUGGGUUUACCUCGCGAUCAUCCCGAAAGUUAUCACUACUUUAUGUGGCAAAACUUUUUCAAACACAUCAAUAUCAAUCCGGCCAAUGUCCAUAUACUCGAUGGCAAUGCUAGUGAUUUAGUGGCCGAGUGCAAUAAAUUCGAAGACAUGAUUAAGGAAGCUGGCGGUGUAGAGCUAUUUAUAGGCGGCAUUGGUCCAGAUGGUCAUAUUGCUUUUAAUGAACCCGGUUCCUCGUUAGUCUCACGUACACGUGUCAAGACGCUGGCUCAAGAUACAUUAGAAGCAAACGCUAGAUUUUUCGAUAAUGAUAUUAGUAAAGUGCCCAAUAAAGCUUUGACCGUGGGCGUGGGUACUGUUAUGGAUUCGAAAGAAGUUAUGAUCCUAAUAACGGGAGCUCACAAGGCGUUUGCUUUGUACAAAGCCAUAGAGGAGGGAAUCAAUCAUAUGUGGACUGUAAGUGCUUUCCAACAGCAUCCCAAUACGCUGAUGAUUUGCGACGAAGAUGCCACCCUAGAAUUACGUGUUAAGACUGUUAAAUAUUUCAAGGGCAUUCAAAGAGACCUCUAUGCAGCUGAAUAUGGAGAAACUGAAUAAAUUCAAAUUGUUCCAAGUUAUAAACAUCAAUAAAUCCAUUAUUCGUUAUGCCUAAUGGAUGUUCAUAUGAAACUUAUUGACGGAAUGUAAGCUUCAACUGCAACUAAAUAAUAUUGAAAUUUCAAAAAAGACCAUUAUUUUUGUUUUUUUCCUAAAAGUAAAGUAGUAUAUUUUUUAUUUUUAUUAUUAAUUACACACAUUCUAAAUACAUAUAAUUCUUUCUAAAUGGUUUUGUAAAAUUGUCGUAAUAAAAAUAUAUUUGAUAUAUUUUUUAUAUAUAAAAGAAA